ACAGAAAACAGAGUCUGGGCUCAAGACCCAGAAGAUCCCAGACUGAAGAGGCCAUGCAUAACUUGAGCUGUUACAACCCAGGUUCCUUUAUCUUUGUUGGCAUACCUGGCCUGGAGAAGAUCCACAUCUGGAUUGGAAUUCCAUUUUGUAUCAUCUACCUUGUGGCUAUUGUGGGCAAUUGCAGUCUUCUCUACCUCAUUGCAGUUGAGCACAGCCUUCAUGAGCCCAUGUUUUUCUUUCUCUCUAUGCUGGCCACCACAGACCUCAUCUUAUCCACUGCCACAGUGCCCAAACUGCUCAGUAACCUCUGGCUUGGCUCCCAGGAAAUAACCUUCUCUGGUUGUCUUACUCAGAUGUUCUUCCUCCACCUCAGCUUUGUAGUGGACUCUGCCAUCUUGUUGGCUAUGGCAUUUGAUCGCUAUGUGGCCAUCUGCUUCCCCUUGAGAUAUAACACCAUCUUGACUCAACAGGUGAUCAUUAAGCUUGUGAUGAGCAUUGUUGUGAGGAGCUUCUCUGUCAUCCUUCCAGUUGUUUUUCUGCUGAAACGGUUGCCCUUCUGUAGGACAAGGAUCAUCCCACACACAUACUGUGAGCAUAUAGGGGUUGCUCGGCUUUCCUCUGCUGACAUCUCCAUCAACAUUUGGUAUGGAUUUGCUGUACCACUAAUGACUGUCGUCUCAGAUGUGAUCUUUAUUGCUGUUUCGUACACCUUCAUUCUCCGUGCUGUCUUCCAUCUCUCAUCCCAGGGUGCCCGCCAAAAGGCCCUUAGCACCUGUGGGUCCCAUGUGUGUGUCAUUCUCAUGUUUUACACGCCUGCCUUUUUCUCCAUCCUUGCUCAUCGCUUUGGGCACAGUGUCCCUAGGCAUGUGCUCAUCCUAUUUGCCAACCUCUAUGUCACCAUCCCGCCUGCUCUAAAUCCUAUAGUUUAUGGAGUGAAAACCAAGCAGAUCCAGGAGAAAUUUAUUCUCUUCUUCUGUUUGAAGAAGAUGCAAUAAGUGGGAAGGACUACCAAACGAGAACUUUAGGUAAAAUUGAUUUGGUGAAACAUAUAUAAUGUAGAAAGACAUAAAACAAAUCGUAACUAUUAUUAAUUUGAAAUGUCUUGCUCAUGUGAAAAGAAAAAGAAGGAGGGAUAGGAAGAAUGAGAAUCUUAUAUAUUUAAUGCCAUCAUUAAAAUUGUUACAUUAUGCUUAUGUAUUUAUCUAUCCACGCCUACAUUGUAGCUCCUAAGCAGAAACUUAGUCCUAGACAUCUUCUUAUAAACUGCCCUAUGAAAAUACCCAGCACACUAUGUGUUCCCAGUAAAUGUUUCAUGCAUGUUCCAACUUCAUCAGAAACCCCUCCCUCUAUGCCAUUAUUCCCAACUUUUCCUUUCUUCCCCCUCUAUCCAGCUUAAAUUUCAUAAUUUAUUGUCUUAGUUAUCUAGUGCUGCUAUAACAAAAAUACCAUAAGUGAAUGCCUUUAACAAACAGAAAUUUAUUUUCUCACAGUUUAAGAGGCUAGAAGUCUGAAUGUAGGGCUCUCAAGGAAGGCCCUUGUCUCUUUUGAACUUCUGUUCCUUAGAAUUCGCCAUGUGAUUUGGCAUCUAUCUUCCCCCAUCUCUGCUUGCUUGCUUUGUUGACAACUCAAUCUGUUAUUUUUAUAUCUCAGAAGAGAUUGAUUUAAGAUACGCCCUACACUAAGAUUCUAUGAAUCAGAAUUGACUCAAUGGCAGUGAGCUUGGUUUUACUUUGUACACUGACACUGCCUCAUUAACAUAACAAAAACCCAUUCCCAAACGGGAUUAUAAUCAUAGGUACAGGGGUUAGGAUUUAUAACACAUAUUUUUGGGGGGCAUAAUUCAAUCCAUAACAUCUAUUAUUUCAGUCUUUUUUUGCAUAUAUCCUAAACUCACCUGUUGCUCCACUUCACUCACCUGGAAAAAUAUCCCAGGAAUCUUGGUGAAGUUAACUGUGUAUUUCAGAGAAGUUGGAGUAAACGAACCCACAGGGAAGACAUUAAUGGGUUAAUAAUCCUGCCAUACUCUCCUACUUUCAUCUUCUCAAAUGCACCAAGCUUCUCUUUGUCCCUCCUUCCUGUAGUGAUCUUUGUUCCUCUUUGCUUGGCCAACUCCUACUUAGGCUUCAAUUAAAAAUUUUUCCUCAAAUAUUCCAUCUUUGUUUCUGCAUACUAGAUUAGCGUUUCUUCUAUACAUUCUUAUUGUACAAUGUACUUUUUUUUUAGGCACUUAUCACAACUUUAAUAAAGUGAUUUCUUUAUAAUUAGUUGUUUCAUAUUUAUGCCCACCAUCCGGUCAUUGAGAAUCAGGUCAGUGUCUGCCUAAUUUAUUAUUGUAUUCCCACAACAUGCAAAAUUCCCAGCACAUAAUAGGCACUCGAUAUAUAUCUAUGGAAUAAAUGAAUUGAAGCAAAUGAGUUUUAAUUAGUGAAUGAAAUUGCUAUUAUACAUAGUAGGAUUUAUAAUACAACCUUAUGGGAAAGAUAAUUCCAGAGAGUCAUGGAAUCCAUAGUAAGUUUAUAGUUGUUAUCCUCACUUAUUUCUCAGAGGUCUUCUUUAAAAUAAAAAUUUCCAGGUUAUCACUCCCAUUUCACAAAUGUGGAAACUGAUUUCCAGAGGUGUUAAAUAUUUUGUUAGAGCACAAAGAAAGCAGGGAGAGCAAGGAAUAGAUUCAUCACUGAAGGAACAUGGAGAAAACUGCCAAUCAAGGCUGGACAUUGAAGAAAGUAUCUGACAAGAGAGAAUUCUUCAUAUUUGGGGAGAAGGCAGUCACAGUGAGUGCUGCCACUAGGGUUUUAUUAUCUCAGACCAGGUGGAGAUUUACUUCAAUCCAACAGUCAUUUAUUGAGCAUCCAUUGUGAAAUAAUCCAUUGUGAAAUAAGCUUUGCCAGGGAUUCAGCAGAAGAUGAAACAGUCCCUGCACAAGGAGUUUGAGGCAUUCUCGACUAGGCUGGGGACACGGUAAAUCUAAUUCUUGCCAGGGCUUCUUUAUCAAGUUGCAGAUCAAGCUACAUCAAGACCCUGGUGAGACUUAGGUAUCCUAUGUUCCUGGAUCCCAAAAUUUCUUAGUCAACACUAGUAUGAGAGAAAAUGUAGGCUCCUAGGCUGGGAAGGGGUUAAUGUGUUUGAAUUCUUGCUCAUAUCAUACAAUGAGAGUUGGGACCUUGGGAUCUGGGGCCCAGAGUUCCCCCUGGCUCAGAGGCCCUCUCUUCUAACUUGUCUCUAAUUCCCAGAGAAGACUAGGGAUGAACAUUUACACGUAACUCUUCCAGGCUCCAUUUUUGUUCCUUCUUAUUGUGAGCAUGAUUCUAUGUCUGUCUCUUUUUUCUCUGUGUCUAUCCUUCCUGACCUUGGGACUGGUUCUCUUGUCCUCUGGUCCAUCUUUUGCCUGCUGUGUUUCUCCACUCUCUGGUCAUUACACUGCCUUUGCAAAACAGUUCCAGGACCAGAAUCUCCAAGGUAUAAACUGGUGGGAUUCACUGUAGAACUGGUGUGGAGUAAAGCUGAUGAGGAGUAGAACUGGUAAGGAGAAAAGAGAGAGAUGAGAAGAUGCUGGGCUCCAGGAAAAACGAAAAACCAAGAUCAGAACUUUGGGCAUAGGUUCUAGAAGUAACAUGUGGUGAGGAAAUAGAUUGAAAAGAGGGUGUCUCUUAGGAAAUGAACUCUGAGCCCCUCUUGCUGCUCCCCUCAAAACAUUUCUUUUCCCCCCUCCCCUUUUUUUUUUU